CGGGCUCGCAAACAAGCCGCGAGGAGCGCUGCUGUGCCCGGCGCAGGAUGCCGCCCACCCGGGACCCCUUCCCCUACCCCCGCUACGAGAACGAGGACACCUUCACGGGCCGGGCCAGGUCGGGCCAGACAGGCCCUUAUGCUGAGCCCACCCACCUGGCCCAGCAGCAGGACCCCUGGAAUCGCCUGCACAGAACACCCACCCUGUCCAGCACCAGAAAGGAAGUCUGGUAUACAGAACCUGAGGUUCCCAGAGACAGCCUGGAUUUUAAGCUGACUUCACUCUACAACCACCACAAGGAGCAGCUCAGAGACAAGAGCCAGAUUGUCAUCCACAAGGAGACCCUCUUGGAUGUCCAUGGAGCACUGAAGGGUCUCGAGCCUGUGAAGGAACCCGAGCUGCCCCCAGUGGAGCACCGUACAGCCAGGGGCCUGUCUAUGAGAUGCUGGGUCAGCCCCACAAAGGAGUCGAUCCACAGCAUUGAGGGAGCCAUCGAGUGUCCCCACACAGCUGCCACCAACAGUGGAUACUCCCGCAAGGAGAACGGCAGCUUCUUCUCUCAGUAAGGAGUUUGCUGGCUUGUGCCCUUGCUGUGCGGCUCUGGACCCACUUCCAACUUGAGUGAACCUUCUUCUGUCUGCUCUGUGUGCAUUAAACCCCUUCUGGUCAGCAAAGCUCGUCCAGAAAAACAGCCAUGAACAGGGAGAGAUUUUAAUUUAAUUUCAAUCUUGUUUCCCUGUCCUCUUUGCUGCAUUCAUCCCUCCAUGCUGGGUAACGUGGGGUACACAGCAUCGCAGCAGGCAAUACUGACCUUCGGGCAUCAGCCCAGAAUAUGUUGUGCUACCUCUCCACCUCCAACAUGGCUCCAGUCAGCCACCCAGGCCGGUCCUCUAAUUCUGGGGGCCCAACUUGGUGCUUAGCACCCACAACCCCCAAUAAAACCUGUAGGAACAGUGGGUAACCAAUCAGACCCUUUAUUAACUUGAGCUUCCAAUAACCAGGGCUCCUAAAAUUAGAGGCUGUUUUCCAGAAGCUGGCAUGUAGGCAUGAGCAGGCACCGCACGUGGCAGCGUGGUGGUUUAUUCAUUAAAGAACAUUGGGGCAUUCAAUAAACUGAAAAGGCGGCAAAUUCCAAACUAAUACAAGGAAAUAUUUUUUUCACACAAUAGAUACUUAGCCUAUGGAACUUGCUGUCACAAGAAGUUGAGGCCAAGAAUUUGCAAGAGUUUAAAAGGAUUGGGGAUUUUUCUAUGAAAAUGAGAAAAUCCAGAGUAGAGUCAAUUCUGGCAGGGAUAUUAACCUUCCUGCUGCAGGGCUCAAACUCAUCUUUAUUAGAGACCAAGAUGAGACCUAAUGUGGGGGCAGAUUACCCCCAUUCUGCUAUCCUAAGAGUCUAACACCACCCUGUAAAGCAGCUGGGGCUGGGCACUGCCAGAAACAGGGCUAUAUGGAGCCAUGGGCUGAUCCGUGCUGGGGGUUCUUAUGCGCCUGCUGUUUGGGGAUUAAAUCAUCAUGGACAGAAAUCCAGCUUCCCCACAAGAUGCUUUUUAAAUGAUUUGUUUGGUCUCUUUCAUGGCAGCGAGCUCAUGCCUUGGCUCUGCCCUCUUGGGAAGAGUUGCUUUUCUUUGUCCUUACAAUGGUUCCAGCAUGGCUACACAUAUGUUGAUCAGGUGUCAUAGAAUCAUAGAAUAUCAGGGUUGGAAGGGACCUCUGGAGGUCAUCUAGUCCAACCCCCUGCUCAAAGCAGGACCAAUCCCCAGAUUUUUGCCCCCGAUCCCUAAACUGCCCCCUCAAGGAUUGAACUCACAACCCUGGAUUUAUUAAAAUGAUGGAAUCACGGGAUGCUGCCAUACAUCCUCUCCAUGGUGAGCAAAUAGUCUUCAGCAAGGUAAUUCAGGCCCCAUGCGUAACACUCAGCACUAGCACAUCUCCAGCCUGGAGCUUGAAAACACACCUGAUGCUCAGUGCCAGGCAGCUAAAGGAGCCAUCCCCCAGCUUUCUAAAAUGAGCCAGUUUGGGGGAAGCCCAAACCAGGUUCAUUCAUUAAAUUACCAGGUUAAAAUAACCCAGAUUAAGUGGAUCUAUAGUGGGGGUUUACACCUGCGCAAUUAAAUGGAUUAUUUAUACUGGUGCAAAACAGCCAUGUGCAGAUCAAUGGCUAUACAUGACACAUCCAGCCUCAGGGUCAGGCCAUAGGUGAAAGGAGUGUGAUGAUCUCAACUCUACAGCUGCUUUAUAUUUGACUGAACUCCUCUGGAGAAUAGUUGGUCUCAGAGUAGGAGCAGCCAGUCAGAGAUGAGGUGAGUAGAGUGAGGCAGAUAAGGCUUGACAGAAUUCAAGCACCUUCCCAAUGUGGAAGAUGCUACUGUAGCACUUGCCUGCAUUACACCUCACACCAGCAGCUGCUCAUUUCCCCCUCCAUGUAUGCCUCAGGAACAAGAGACCCAUACACCAGUUUACUGCAGCUGUGGAUCAGCUCCAGUGUUUAUUCCUCUGCACUCAUUGCUGGGCCAGCCCUGCGUCAGCCUGCACAAUGGGGAAAGAGCAACUGUUGGCUCACUACAUGAUUCUUCACUCAUUUGAAAAACCCUGUAGUUUCCAUUAAAAAAAGUUCCUCUCUUGGCAAUAGAAGAGGAUGGCAGCAGGAUGGAUGGGCGGCUAACCAGCCUUCCAGAACCAUGGCUCCAGCCAAAUGUUACAGCAGCCAAAGGUGUGAACCUCACCACCCCCAAUUCGCUUCAGUGCCACGUUAACCUCCAACUCCAGGCAGGGCUAAGGCACCUCUAUGCUACAGGGACUAGCACCGCAGCAGGGGGGUUCUGACUAGCAUGUCCCCAAGGCCAGGAGCUAGGUUGAUGGACACUUUCUUCCAUUCACCUUGCUGUGUCUACCCUGGGGUCCGGCAUGGCACAGCAACUGCGCUGGAGUGUGGGUUUUGCAAACCUGUGAGCACCAUAGCGAUGUCAACCCAAAAUGUAGGCCAGACCUCAGCAGAGGAGAAAUCAGCUUGUGGUUUUGUCGCAGAGCUCCCCUCUGACGGGGGGAGAAGAAGGAUUGGAACAGGGGUCUCCCACCUCAGGAGCUUGCCCAAAUCCCUGGGCAUUCUGCUGUGGGUCUCCUUCAAUCUCUGAAGCCACUCUGCUUUGGAUAAUUAAAUGUGAGUGGUGCAUGGGGACUGGACCUCGGCCGUCCCUGAGCUAGUCAGUCUCUCCCUGGCCCAACACAACUUUCAUAAUUUAGCCACAGUGGUCCAGUUUCAAGAAGAGGGAUUGAGAGAAAACCACAUCACAGUAUCCCCAGCCCUGCAGGCAAGAUGGGCAGCUGAUUCCUUUGGGACUUAGGCAAGAGACAGGCAUCCACCCCCCUACAGGGAAGCAGCAACAGGCAUCCAGGAACUUCACCCUGAAAACCAAGCAGGGCACCAUGUUCAGGCUCAGUGAGAGUUCUGUGAAUUACAGUGAGCUGAAAACUGGGAUGUAGGAACCUGAAUGCCAGCCUGAGCCCCCCCAAGUCCCUUUGUGGAUCUGAGCCUUCAUGACUUGCUUUUCCUGGAGUAGUGAAGCUCUCCCUGUGAGAGGCCACCAAGAGGCUGCUUCACCUGCUUGUAUGGGGGUGAUAUGUAUUACUACAGCUCAUCAGCUCUUAUGCAGUCUCACUGAAGUCAACAUGCUCACUCAACUGUGCUAAGGGCAGCAGCCCUAGGGACUGGUUCAUAGGAUCGGGCCCCAUGGUAUGCGUGGUCAGAAUGACACCUGCUAGGGUCUUGCCAGUGAAGCAGACAGUACCAGAGGGGUUCAGAGAGGCCACUGAAAGCAUGCUCUGGGAGGGAGAGCUGAGCUAGAUUUCAGUGCCCCUUUAACACCAUUAUGUUUUAGUGAUUGGGGGGUGGUAAUAAGCCAUUGACAGAGAACCUCAGUCACUGGGCAUUGCUGUGUUUCUCCACCCCCUGCCUGAAACCAGCUUGCUCUCACACCCAUUUCAGCCCUGCUCCCCACAUUUGCUGUAAGAUCAUCCCCAUUACCUUCAAGCUGUUUGCACUAGGCUGUGCAACACAAGUGUCCCCAGGAUACUCCUGAGCUACUCCUCAGCUUGACAGAGUACUGCGCUCCCAGUGCUGGGAGUUCACACAACACACCCACAAUACCAACCCGGUCACCCCAGGACACACAUGCCAAGCAGGAAGCAGGAUGGCCUUGGGUGCCAAAACAAAAAUGUACUCUCAGCAAUUGCCCUGGAAGGGCCAAAAGUGCAGGAAAAAUAACCAAAGGGUGGAGCCCUUGAAGUGGUUUUAA